GGUAGGGGGGGAGGCAUUGAUAAGUGUCUGACAGGUAAUGCCGUUUCACGUUGCAAGUCUCCGCGGAUACGCUCGGAUAAACCAGUGGUUCUUCACGUGAGAGUGCGAGAUGCCCUCUAUGAGAAGCAUAGCGGUGCGGGGAUGCAUUAAAGGUGAAGCACCACCGGUUUAAUGAUACAAGUGCAACGCGAUAACCAAACAGGACAUAUGGAAUCGAAACAGAACCGAUUAAUGGGGUUGCCGCGGGCAAGGAAUCGAUUUGGAAGGGAACGAAAAUCUCAGGCAGCGCAAGUGGAGACAUCGCUCACGAGUGUGAGAGGAUUCGGAGCGCCGACCUCUACACCCCAUCGUCAUGCCCUGCGCCUGCCUCUCCUUGCUGCGCAUGCGAGAGGUCGCGUCCAGAGUCGUGGCCAAGAGGUUGGCGGCCGUGACCUUCGCCGGGGUCAGGUCGCGUAGCUUUAGCGAGGCCUCUACCGGGGCAAGAGAGACCUCGGAGGUCGUGGGUGACGUCGCCAGUCUGGUCAAAAAGGUGGAGGAGGCGAAGAGGACGCGGAGGAGGAGGGAGGCGGUGGGAGAUGGCGCGCACAGCACCUACACGGAGCGAUACGUUCCCGUGACGAGGGCCAAGCUCACGUCGAUGCUCGCGAAGGAUCUGCCCGAAGGCGAGCGAGAAGACUUCUGGAAGUUCUCCGAGUCCCUGGACUCGGCGCUGCUGCCGUACUAUCACACCACACUGGAGGAGAUCCAGAUGCUGUACGAGCCUCUGAACCCAGACCGCGACACCCUGACCCACCCGGGGAGGCCCUCCCUCGACCGAGGGCGCGGCUGGGAGGACGAGGAGGCCGAGGAGUGGGACCUGGACUGGGAGGCCGAGGAGGAGGCCUCGCUGGCCCUGACCAGGGCGGCCCUCACAGAGCCCGAGGGCCGCCUCUCGGUCUUCCUGCGCCGUCUGGCGGAGCUGGCCGACGCCGCAAACUUCUCCCGGCUCUCGGACGAAGCGGUCGCCCACGCCUUGACGCGCCACCACCCGCUCGACGGGCCGCAGGUGUCCGUGAACCUGGACCGGUACGAGGUGGUGGCCUUCUGGGCGAUCGGAAGUCGCACGUCGCGUGCCGCGGAGCGCUGGAGGACGCACGGCAGGAGGUGGAUGUCCUGGAUACCGUGGACACGCGCAUCGGACCCGUGGCCCGAGAGACGCAUCUUCACGCGGGUCGUCGUCGCGGCGCGGUUGAAGGGCGGGCGCCUGAUGCUCAAGGCCUUCAAAGACGUGCCAUGGACGGCACUUGAGCUGACGCUGCCCGAGGUGCGGGUGCACAUGUCCACGCUGGACAAGACGCUGCUCAACGGCACGCUGGCCAUCGGCGGCCUCGCCGUGUUCGUCAACGUCUACAUGGUCAUCAUGACCGACCUCAAGGUGCAGCUGAUGCUGGUGCUGGCGCUGUUCUCGCUGCUGCUGGGCGCUCGCACGCUCUCCGCGUACCGGCGGCGGCGCGCGCGCUACACGCUGGGGCUGGCGCGCAUGCUCUACUACAAGGGCACGGCCAACAACGGGGCCCUCGUCACGGCGCUGGCGCGGCGUGCCCUGCACGAGCACUGCAAGGACGUGCUGCUCGCCCGCGCCGCCAUCCUGCGCAUGGUGGGAGGCGGUGGUGUGCCAGCGUCGGUGUCCCCGGCGGCCGUGUCCCUCGAGGUGGAGCGCUGGCUGGAGUCGCGGUGCGGCCUGCGCGUGGCGUUCAGCCCUGACCGCGCCCUGCGCCACCUUGAGCAGGCCGGCCUCGUGGACACGCGGCACGUGAAGACGCAGGGGCCGCAGGCACCGACUCCCCGAGCCUAACAGCACCCACCCCCCCCCCCCCCCCCCCCUUGGUCUCUCCCGCUCCCCCACAGCGGUGUAGUAUGGCAUGGGCUCUGGUGCCACGUAUUAAAUGCCCCAUCCCACCCACCAAAAUUCCGUAAUUCCCCUUCUCUUCAUAGCGCAGUGCCUGCGCCACCGCCCAUCCCCGCUCCAGCCCGUCGGCCCGGGUGCAGUUGCACCACCUGCACGCUCGAUAGCUGUGCCACCGGACGAUGAGGCUCUGUGUGAGUCUAUGAAUCUCUACGUGAGGCUAUGGUAGAGCAUGUGCUUGCCAUGGGUCCUGGUGAAGGGAAGGACAUAGGCCAUCCCCCCCCCCCAUCCAGUUUCUCCCCUCUCUACUUCAAAGCGUGGCAUCUGAGACCCUGGAUCCGUUUUCUUCAAAUGCGGCUCAUCCAUUGCCGGGUCUUCUUCGUCAUCAUCAUCAUUGGCCAAUACCUAUCCACCGCACCGCUGGAUGAAGGCCUGCCCUCGACGCCGUUGCCAUCCCUCGCGGUCUAGUGGCGGUGCUGCGAUCCACCUCGCUCGCGCGCACGAAUUGUUCUCAUUGCUCCCAUCUCCCGAGCUCACUCGCCCCUCGCGUGUGACGUCCCCGAUUAAGCCGCUUGCGCCCUGAACCGUUGGGUUCCUCUUUCAAAUCUCUCGCUCUUCAUUUCGAGCCGUCGAAACCCUCCUCGCGGCUUCUUCUUCGCCGCACCCUUGCUUCGCGGCGGGUCUUACAGCGGCUUAAGCGACCGCAGAAUCCGUCGUGAGCCGGCGCGUGACGAUGAAGCCUCCGUUGACCCAAUCGCCAGGAAUGUGCCCGAACCCCUACCAGACGUCGGGGUCUAUGCAGGGGUUGAGCCUGGACGACGGGCAAGCACGUACAACAGGUGUUGCCGGUGUCGUGGGAAGCGGAGGACACCGUUUCGAAAAUACAUUGUUGUUCUGUACUCCGCCCCCCCCCCAGCACCUUCACUGACCAUCACGGUGAAGUAUGGUCAGAUAACCCUUGCAGGGGGGGGGGGUGGGCAGAGGAGGCCUCAUCCAGCAGUGGAUGGGACAAACGCGCUGUAACGUGUGUAUGCGACGAUGCGGUGCUUGAGAUUUGGGGGUCACGAGUCUAGAAUCGAUGCUGUUUUAUUUGUCACUGUGCACCGGGUGGAAUGUAUGCAUGUUUAACUUCUUUCGCACCGUACGUAGCCAGCCGUGGUAAUCGGAGGUGCGGGGAAAGGACAACAAACUAAAUACGGUGGCGGCAGUGCUCGCAUGAACCAAUCGCAGCAUGGUGAAGUAUGGUCAAAAAACCCCAUUGACCAGCACGGCGGUGAGAUGUUAACUACCUCACCUGGUAUACAGGAGUUCGUGGAUUCUAUCUCGAUCCUGCAUAUUUGGAGUUUGCAUGUUUUCCCCGUGGUCGCGUGGAAUUUUCUCCACGUUUAGAAACACGCGUUUAGCGUAGAGUAUUUGGCUGUUGCUAAACAUUUCAACUUAAGUCACUUCGUUUGCGAGAAGCCAGGUCGCUUCUAAAAAAAAAGAGCUAUACAGCUCAGUGGGCCUUAAAAUGUAUCAUCCAGCAGUUAAUCAUCAGCCAUGAUCAUUCAACUGCUUGGAUAAAGGCUUACCCCAGCUUUCACCAUCCUGGCCAAGACACCCUUGAAAAGGUCACCCUUGCGUAGGGAAAUACACUUCUGGUUCUGAUUCUCAUGAUCACUGUUAAGUUAUUAUACGAAUUGAAAAUAAAGAAUUCUGAAAAGUGUC